UCCCGCCAUGAAAAAAGAUCAAUGAAAAUACAAAAUACUGAAUUUUUCAAGAUAGACUGAGAGAAUAUAUUAGUUAUGUCUACUGCAAAAGAAGUAAUUUAGUAUUAUUAUUUUGUUGUGCAUGUUUUUCAGUUGUUCCUACGGAAAUUAUGGGUAUUACAGGACUACUUCCGUUUUUGGAGAAAGCCACAAGAAAUUGUAAUAUUUCAGAAUUCAGAGGAGCCACAGUGGCGAUUGAUAGCUACUGUUGGCUUCAUAAAGGAGCAACAGCUUGUGCAGAUGUGUUAGCAAGAGGAGAAGAAUCUGAUGUCUAUGUGAAUUACUGCAUGAAAUAUUUGAAUAUGUUAAAGAAGUAUGACAUCAAACCAAUUAUGGUUUUUGAUGGUAAUCACCUACCAGCUAAAGCCAUUACAGAGAAACGUAGGCGAGAAACUAGAAAAAAUGCAAAGGUACGGGCAGCCGAACUCUUACGCCUAGGCAAAAAAGAUGAAGCAUGGAAUUAUUUCAGACAAAGUAUUGAUAUUACACCUGCUAUGGCAUUGAAUCUCAUAAAGGAAUGUAGAAGAAAUAAUAUAGAUUGCAUUGUUGCUCCUUAUGAAUCGGACUCUCAACUAGCUUAUUUGAAUAUGAAAGGAAUAGCCGAUAUAGUGAUAACGGAAGAUUCGGAUUUAGUACUUUUUGGAUGUGAUAAGAUUUUGUAUAAAAUGGAUGUCAAUGGAAAUGGACGUCUCGUAGAAAAACAUAAAUUGCUCUUGUGUAUGGACAUGAAACCUGACAAAUACACCUUCGAUAAAUUUCGAUACAUGUGCAUAUUAUCUGGCUGUGAUUACUUAGAUUCAUUACCUGGCAUUGGCUUGAAAAAAGCAUUGAAAUUUAUAUCCUUAACCGCAGAAACGGAUCCUGUCAAGUUUUUAGAUAAGCUCCCUAGAUAUCUCAACAUGCGCAAUAUAGUAAUGACUGAUGAUUAUAAGACAAAAUUCCUUAUCGCCGAAGCAACCUUCAAACAUCAGGUAGUAUAUGAUCCCCUGCAGAGAAAAUUGACUUAUUUAACAGAUCCUGCCCUGUGUGGGACUAGACCUGAGCAUUGUAAAAAUGCUGGAGAAUUUUUUGACGAAAAAACUGCUUAUCAGGUUGCCAUAGGGAAUUUGAAUCCUUUUUCUCAUGAAAAGCAUGAUGACUGGUCGCCGUCUAAAAAUUGGAAUAACAGUUUCCAUAGCAUUUGGUCCAACACUUAUGUAAAAAAAAUAUCGAGAACAGAAAAAAAACAAUCAGAAAAAUCAGAGAUGGCUAAAGUACAAGAGAUGGAAAUGAAGGAGAUGAUUAGGAAAAAUCAAGAAAUUGAAUGUGAGAGGAAAGCUCGCACCCAAAUAUUUGAAUCUGAACUUGACAUUUACUACCAGAAUGGUGAAGAUAGGAAAAUUUCACAUGAGUUUAAGAGUGAAAUAUUUGAAGAUAAAAAGGAGAAUAUGUCGGGAAAUUUAGAGAAAUCUACCUCAGAUACUGUGAUAAAACAAGAAUCUCCCACAUUAACGAGAAAAUUUGUGAAUCCUUUCCUUAAAAAAAGGCUCAGUAAAUUUGGUUCAACUGAACUGAAAACAGAUGUCAUUGUGAAAAGUAAAUAUUUUCACUCCGAAUCUGUUUCUUCCGAAAUUGUGGACACUGAUAGAAAAGUCAUAAAUGAUGAAAAUGCCUCAGAAACUAUAGAAAUCGAGGAUGACGAAAGAAAUAGCAGAAAACGGAAAACAGAAUCGGAUGAGGUUGACCUAACGAAUGAUAAAAUUGACCCCACAAAUGAUGAAUCUCAAAUGAAAGAGGUGAGAAGUGAUUUGGAGAAGACUAGAAAAUUUUGCAGCCAGCCAACUGUAAGCCCAGCUAAAAGACCCAAGUUGUCCAGAUGUCGUUCUGUAGGUUUGCAACCCAAGUCGAAGAAAAGCCAGCCCACUUUACAGGCAUUUUUUGGGAGUAUGAAUUCGAAGAAGAGUUAAUUUUUUUUCAUUUUAAGAUUCUGUUUUAUAUUUUUUGUACAUGAACAAGUUAUUUUCAAUAAAAAAAUCAGUAAGAAAUAAAAUGCGUUGAAUAUA